CCUGGGUGCCUUUUAUUGCUUUAACGCAUGGUGGACUUUUAUUUUGAAACGCAUCUCCGCGCUAGGCCAGUGUGUGACUGACUUCACACUAUGUACACUGAUGGGACAAGCGAUGUCUAGCUGUUCAUGACUUUUCAUCCCGGAACGAGGCGUCAGUGGCGGAGCUGUGAUCGAGGCAUCAGUGUGUCGGACGCACUCGCGUGUGUUGCUCGAGCUGAAGAUGCAGACGCGUCGCUCCUCGUCGGCGCUGGCCGUGAGCGGCGAGGUGUCGCUUUCUUUCCAGGACGAGCUCGCUGCGACCAUCCACCGAGCCUUCGAGGUGGCGGUGGAGAUCGCGGUGGUGGAGGUCAGUAAGUUGGUGAGCCAGGCGCUGGGUGAUGUGCGCGAUCAGAUGCAGGAGACGCUGAGGGAGAACACCUUCCUCAAGACGCGGCUGCAGUCCGCCGAGCGCGAGCUGGACACCGUGCGGAAAGCCAGGAAUGAUCACGAGGAUAAGGAUGAGGAUGAGGAUGAUGAGGAUGAGUUCUCUCAGCGACACGAAAGCCAGACCAAGUGUGAGAACCGGACCGCGGUGAGAGCAGACACACCGACGCCUCAGGAGAGCGACAAGAUGAGCCGGUAUGACGGCGGAUCCGAGAGACAGGACGAGUCCUUCUGUGAGAUCCGCGAGGAUGGAAGCGUUCGGUCACGUGACUUGGGCUCAGCAUCCUUAUCAGUGCAGUGCCGUGAUCAGAAGCCAGUCCCACCACAUGAAUCUCUUAUUCCAGAAAAUCAACAGAUGGCACAGCACGGCCAAGAUAUACACGGUGACCACAAUCCACAAUCUGCUGAACAGCCAGUCUGCAAGAAAGAGGAGAACCUCGAACCACAGCUGGGUCAUUGUUCAGGAGAAGAUGAAGGGGAGGAUGAGAACAAUCUGGACGAAGACGAUGACAUUGGGCCAAGCUGCAGCUUUAGCUCAGAACAUGAUGAAGAGUUUGAGCCAGACAGACUUUCUCUGGUUCAGUCUAAACUGUUGGCGGACUGGAGGCCUGAUCCUGAGGCGCCAGAGAGUGACCAAAAUGAGAAUGCCGGACCCAGCUGUAGUCUUGAUGUUCCAGACAUGAUCUCUGCCCCUGUUGGUGGUAAUCCAGGCUUUUCAGUCUCCUUCGAUUCUCUAUACCAAUCAGUAGCCAGAACUCAUCUUGUCCAUCCGGCUCCUCCAAACGACGAUGUCCAGAUGAGGGCGAACAUCCCGACCAGGAUUCACCAGUGUAAAAUCUGCGGCCAUUCGUUUAGCCGGGCGAGCGAUCUGCGCAGACAUCAUAGUCAUCGGCACAGAGUGAGGGCAGCUAGCCCGGCUAAAGCAGGAAAUGCAGGGAGACCAGUCAAACAGCAGUUGUUUCCUCCAGGUUGUAGCCCAUAUCACUGCAGCGAAUGUGGCCGGGACUUUAACCGCAUGGAGAACUUAAAGACGCAUUUGCGCAUACACACCGGAGAACGUCCGUACUCAUGUUCUGUAUGCGGGGUACGGUUUCGCCACUCAGGGGCACUCACACGGCAUUUCCGUAUCCACACAGGUGAAAAGCCGUACGUGUGCGGGCAGUGUGGGAAACGUUUCCGGAACUGCGGCGGCCUCCGCUUCCACCAGAAAUCUCACACCACAGAAAGACACAUGGUUCUGAAUUGUGUUUAAAUUAUUUUUAUUUUUUUGGGGGGUUAUUUUAAAUUCUUGUGAUUUAGAGCUGGCCAGUAUGACCUCAAAUCAGGAUCUCGAUGAUUAAAACCACCUUCAUGACCAUAUGUCAACAUAAUACUUUUUUUUUAAAGCUUUUUUUAGGGAAGUGUCCUCAGACUAAAGAUUUGCUGAACCAUGUUUAAGUAUUGAGAAUUGCGAGCGCUGUUUGUAGAAAGUUAAGUAGAAUAUUUGUUCCAUUGUAACUGUCGUG